UCUUUUAAAUGCUUGUUUAUUUCCAUAAUUUGUGUCAGUUAUAUGUAUUUAUAUUUGCGUGAUUUUGUAGACGCGGAGGUUACAACUGACGAAGUCCUAAUGCUGAAAGGAAGCCUGUCGCCGUAUCUCGACACUCACAAUGAAGAAGAGUCGUCUUAUGUAACGCUUAGCAAUGGGCCGUAUGGUAAAUAUUAUAACACCAUUGUAUAUAUAAUAUCAAGCGUUACAAGCGUCAUAGAUUAUUGUAUUAGAUUAAUUCACUCAUUAAUUCGUUACUUCCUUGUUACAGCGUAUGUAGCAGAUUCCACGAGCACGGAACACAACUCCUACAAUCACGUCCUCGUAGAUGUAUACUUUGUAACGCCCAUUCUCUGUAAACAUUGUGAAGAUUAUAUCUGGGGCACCGGGAAAGUGGGAGUCAAAUGCAAAGGAAGAUGUUUGUCCGCUCGCUGUGUCUGCGAUAGUGAUCGAUCGGAACGGAACACCACGCGACGAAUAUUGGGUCAAACAGCACGAUCUAAGUUCACUACUCAACGGUUAAAAAUGGUGCCACUGUUCAUUGACUUCAAGGAUGACUUCAAUCAAUUAUUUGCGACUAGGCGUAGUGGCGUAGUUCUCUACCGGCCGCGUAGUAAAGCCGAUACCUGCACUAAACCUUAA